AUGCCAUCAUACUUCUACCACCUAAAAUUCGAACUAUACGGUCAUCUCGAGCCUGCGGGCAAAACAGGGCAAAAACCAGAAGGGGCCAGUAUAGUCUGGCUGCCGCCCGCGGGGUCUGAUAUCUUUGCCACGGCGGACUGGCCCAGGCAUAAAAUUGCGAACCCACAACAACAAGAGCAUAACCGCGAACGUACACGGAGAGUAAGAGACGGCGACUAUCGCCCCACGAAACAGGAACCUGUCCUUGGAGCUGUAGGAGCCGUGAUCGAUUGUGGCCCUGCUCGCGCGUCGAAUUACAACGUCAACCCCGCAGAGGACCACGACUCCGUGACGCUACAGACUAUCCCCGCAGAUACGACGCUAGAAUUCCCGCCUCCAGUACCGCAGAGGAUACAUAGAGACCUGGAGAGUGCGAGGAAGGAUUGGAGAUUUGGAAAAGUACGGCUUGAGAGCUUCGAUAUGGCUCCUCCACGGACGGAAUUAGAACAUCGACCUCGGCGGCACGCCAGGGGAGAGAGCAGCGGCGGCACGCCGCAAGUCUCGACAGGUGGACAUAAUGGGAUUAAUGCUGGUUUGGCGGCUGGGGGUGUGGGACGGGUUACAAGAGGGAGGUUUGAGGUGUUGGAGGGCAAGAAUACGGAGCUUGGGUGGGGGGUUGUGCGUUUAUAUCGGGAUGGGGAGGAGAUGCCGGAGUUGGGGAUAGAGAACGGGAGCUCUAGGUCAGGAGUUUAUGACGAAGCACAGAAUUCGCCGGCAUCUAGUGCGCUUGGGAUGAAGGAUGGUGGUGUUGGGCAGGGUAAGGAUUGCACCACGUUAUGUAUUCCUGCUGUGCCGAGUUAUCUCACUCCGGGCGAUUUCCUAGGUUUCGUAGGCGAGAAAACAAGGGAACAAGUCAGCCAUUUUCGGAUAGUUAUGACGGAGAGGAUGAACCGGUACCUUGUGCUCAUGAAAUUCAGAGAUAGUGGAGAGGCGAGGAAAUGGAGAGCGGAGUGGGAUGGGAAGGUGUUUAAUAGCAUGGAGCCCGAAACCUGCCAUGUAGUCUUCGUCAAAUCAAUCAGCUUCCAAACACCCACAUCCUCCCGACCGAAUAAUAGCUUUCCCGAGCUCUCCCAUGAUCCAUUUACUCCCAGUAGCUCAGCAUCAGCCUUCCUUAAACCCUUCCCACCACCAACACCGAAUCUUAUCGAACUUCCUACCUGCCCGGUCUGUCUCGAGAGAAUGGAUGAUACCACUGGUCUGCUUACUAUCCUCUGUCAACACGUCUUCCACUGUGCCUGUCUUCAAAAAUGGAGAGGGAGUGGAUGUCCUGUUUGUCGCCAUACAAAUCCUUCCCUCUCCCACUCCUCACCUCAAAACAAUCACAAUGCAUCCCCAUACGACUCAUCGAAUCCUCCGUUCGGCAGCGGAGAGGCUUCACUUUGCAGUGUCUGUGACUGCACAGACGACCUGUGGAUCUGCCUGAUAUGCGGGACUGUUGGCUGUGGCCGCUAUAAAGGCGGCCAUGCCAAAGAGCAUUGGAAGGAUUCGGCUCAUAACUUUGCCCUGGAAAUAGAGACGCAGCAUGUGUGGGACUAUGCGGGGGAUACGUGGGUGCACCGUUUAAUCAGGGAUAAAGGGGAUGGUAAGGUGGUUGAGUUACCAUCCUCAUCACGGCCCGGGAUGGGAACUGGAAGAGGUGAUCGUGGACAUGAGGAUAUGGACCUCGUCCCCAGAGAGAAGCUGGAAAAUAUUGGCAUGGAGUAUACGCACCUCCUCACCAGUCAGCUCGAAAGCCAACGGGUGUAUUUCGAGGAGCUGGUGGGGAAAGCGGUCGUCAAGGCUACUGCUGCGAGCUCCGCCGCUAGUAGCGCAAAGGCUUCUGCUGACAGCGCGCUAUCCAGGUUAAAAGAGAUAGAAAUCGAGAAUAAUAGUCUAAGAAAAGAGGUUGUUGUCGGCCUUGAGAAGGACCUCGCAAGGGAAAAGCAAAGGGCAGAGCGAUCUAGUGAAGUAGCUAGGGGGUUUGGAAAGAGUCUGAUGGAGGAAAAGAAAGUCAGUGAGGGCCUAAUGGACAGGAUUAACCAUAUGAAUAAAGGGGUGAUGGAGAUGAGUCAGCAGCUUACUGCGUUGAAGGAGGAGAAUGUUGAGCUGAAGGAGCAGAAUAGGGAUUUGCUAUUCUCUAUUACUGGGCAGCAGAAGCUGCAGGAGAUGGAGGCGGAAGGGGGAGGUUUGGAUGCUGGGGAGUUGGAGGGCGGAACGUUAAGUUUGCCGCCGGAGAAGAAGAAGGGGAAGGGGAAGGGGAAGGGGAGAGGGAAAUGA